AUGGGCUCUAUUGCUGUUCCCCAGGACGAGCUCCCUCAUGCUCACGCCGGCCUCCGGGCCGCCAAGCAACGGGCAGCAGCAGCCGCCCAGCCCGCCGCCGCCACCGGUGGUCUCGACAUCAUCGACGUGCGGCGUGUUGCGGUUGAAACAAACUUGAAAGACGACAUCAUCUCCAUGUGGAACCCCACAAACGGACCCCGGAGGCUGCCGACCCUGCUCCUCUACAACGAACGGGGCCUGCAGUUGUUCGAGGAUAUCACAUAUCUGGACGAGUACUACCUCACCAACAAUGAGAUCGAGGUUCUCGAGAAAAACUCGAGAGAGAUUGCCCAGAACAUCGCACCGGGGUCCAUGGUCAUCGAGUUAGGGAGUGGGUUCGCCUUUGAAGACGCCGGCAAGACCAUCGACUACUACGCCCUUGACCUCUCCCGGGAGGAGCUGGAGCGCACGUUGGCACAAGUGCCCAAGUUCCGUCACGUCCGGUGCCACGGCCUGCUCGGGACCUACGACGACGGCCGGGAGUGGCUGAAGAAGCCCGCCAACCUGGCCCGUGCCAAGUGCAUCUUGAGCCUGGGGUCGAGCAUCGGAAACUUUGAACGCGACGAUGCCGCUGGCUUUUUGAAAUACUUUAGCGAUGUUCUCACUCAGUCGGACAAGCUGUUGAUCGGUCUGGACGGCUGCAGCGACCCGUCCAAGGUCUAUCAUGCCUACAAUGACAAGAAAGGAAUCACUCACGCGUUCAUCUUGAACGGUCUCGCCAAUGCCAACGAGAUUCUCGGCGAAGAGGCCUUCAAGCUCAGCGACUGGGAAGUCAUCGGCGAGUACGUUUACGACGAAGAAGGCGGUCGUCAUCAGGCCUUCUACUCGCCCGUUCGCGACACAUGCGUUAUGGGAACCCUCGUGAAGCAGCACGAGCGCAUCCAGGUUGAGCAGAGCCUGAAGUACUCCCAGCUGGGCGCCGAGAACUUGUGGAACAUGGCAGGCCUGAUCGAGACCAACUGCUGGGCCAAGGGUAACGAGCAUGUAAUCGGAGCCGAGGGUGGCUACACCCCCUCUUUCACGCGGGAGCGAGUCCUGCACCCCAAUAAGCCUCCCCCACGUUUGGCCACCGACGUGGAGCCAAUGACCGAAAGAGCUGGAGUGCAGUCUCCUGAUCGACUACACAUGAUUACCAAGAGGAAGAUGCCUUUCAGCCUGCUUCCGGACCUCUACGCCUCGUCGUCGUGUCCGACUCUGGAUGACUGGUCUGCGUUGUGGACGGCAUGGGACGCCGUCACGCAGAAGAUGCUCCCGAGGGAGGAGUUGCUGGACCAACCCAUCAAGCUUCGCAACGCCUGCAUCUUUUACCUCGGCCACAUUCCGGGCUUCCUGGACAUCCAAUUGACGAAGACGACCAAGACGCCUCCGACCGAGCCGGCCUACUUCCAGCCCAUGUUCGAGAGAGGCAUCGACCCGGACGUCGACAACCCCGAGAAGUGCCACUCCCACUCGGAAAUCCCUGAUGAGUGGCCCCCCGUCGAGCAGAUCCUCGAGUACCAGCAGCGGGUGCGUUCGAGGCUCCGGGACCAGUACAGGAGCGGCGUCGACAGGAUUCCUAGGGCCGUCGCCCAGGGGAUCUGGGUGGGCUUCGAGCAUGAGAUCAUGCACAUGGAGACGCUGCUCUACAUGAUGCUCCAGAGCGACAAGACCCUUCCGCCGCCCGACGUCCAGCGACCCGACUUUAAGCGUUUGGCCAACAAGGCCCGCCAGGCGCGGGUGGCCAAUGAAUGGCACGACGUUCCCGCCCAGUCCAUCACCCUGGGGAUGAACGAGCCUGAGCUCGACGCCGGCAUCGACGGGUACUUUGGAUGGGACAACGAGAGACCUGCGAGAAAGGCGAAUGUUCACGCCUUCCAGGCUAAGGGCCGACCUAUCACGAAUGAGGAGUACGCGCAAUACAUGUUCGAGAACCACAUCAACAAGGUUCCCGCGUCAUGGGCUGCCGCCGAGUCAGACUCCAAGAAGACCGUCGACGCCAACGGCCAGGUGUACCUGACGAACGGACAAACGAGUGGCCAGGCGAAUGGCCAUGUUUACGGCCACACCAACGGUCACACCAACGGCAAUCUCAAUGGACACAAGGAUGGCAUGGCUAACGGUCAUCUCAACGGCGGUCACCACCACGGAGCCAGCGACCUCCCCGACUCGUUCCUCGACGGCAUCGCCGUCCGCACGGUCCACGGCCUGGUGCCCCUCAAGUACGCGCUGGACUGGCCCAUCUUCGCGUCGUAUGACGAGCUCUCGGGCUGCGCGGCGUGGAUGGGCGGGCGCGUGCCUACGUUCGAGGAGGCCCGCAGCAUCUACACCUACGUCCACAACACCAAGAGGAUGGAGGCCGAGCGCACUCUCGGGAGGACAGUCCCGGCCGUCAACGGACACCUAUCGAACGACGGGGUCGAGGAGACGCCCCCACAGACCGGGUCCCUCGAGGCCGGCGAGGCUCGUUCGGAGCUCUUCGUGGACCUCGACGGUGCCAAUGUCGGAUUUCAGCAUUGGCACCCCGUCCCCGUGACGGCCAACGGCGGCCGCCUCGCGGGGCAGGGCGAGUUCGGCGGCGUCUGGGAGUGGACCAGCUCGCCCCUCGCCCGGCACGAGGGCUUCGAGCCCAUGCCGCUGUACCCCCAGUACACAUGUAAGACGCCCUCCUCAUCCCAUUGUAAACCGCCAGUCAUCAGCCCUUCUUCGUCGGCUGACAAUGCGACCACAGCCGACUUCUUCGACGGCAAGCACAACAUCGUCCUCGGGGGGUCUUGGGCGACGCACCCCCGCAUCGCCGGACGACGUUCGUUCGUGAACUGGUACCAGCGCAACUACCCCUUUGCCUGGUGCGGAGCCAGGCUCGUGAGGGACGCCAACUAG